GCUCAAAGGGAUCGAUCGGCUUGUCGCUCCGGGAUCCCGCUGGCCAGGAGCCCGCGCGGUGCCCCAACGCCGCGGUGCCCGCGCCAUGGACUAUGACGACCGGAAGCUGUUCGUGGCCAAAAUGCCCGAGGACAUCCGAGAAGAAGAAGUAAAGAUAGUCUUCAACACCUAUGGUCCUGUCCAGGAGGUGGUCAUGCUUGGCGCAGAGAGAUCAAGGCCUGGCCAGAGAUGUGGCUUCGUGAUCUACGAGACCUCCGAGGCAGCCAGAUCGGCGGUGCAAGUCUUAGAUAACGUUUACAAGUUCCGGGAGGGUGCGCCGGAGCCCAUCCACGUGAGCGUCGCGAGACCGCGGGGAGGCAAGGGCGGCGGCAAAGACUUUGGUGGUGGCGGUGGUGGUGGCUAUGGCAAGGGAUAUGACUCAAGCCAGGGCUACCACUCUAGCAACCCCUAUGGGGGUUACGACCAGGGCUACAAUGGUCGUAGCGCUUAUGAUGGUGGAUACCACAGCGGAGCGAGUGGAGGAUGGGGGGGGCGACAGCUACGGAAAUGGCAAAGGUGGCGGAGGUGGUGGAGGAGGUGGAAAGGGAGAGCCUGGCACGAAACUCUAUGUCGGGAAUCUUCCAGGUGAUAUCCAGCGGGAAGCGCUGGACAUGGUCUUCAAGACCUAUGGUAGUGUCACCGACAUCCACAUCAUGACUGGAAAGUCCAAGAGUGGCCAGGCCUGUGCCUUUGUGCGAUUUAGCACCCAAGUAGAGGCCAACAACUGCAUUGCUGCAAUGGCGCAAGGCUAUGAGAUACGGCCUGGAGAAGGUCACAUUAUCGUGAAACUUGCGGACGGCCCUGAUGGAAAGGGUUCCAAGGGGCGGCCUGGCCCUUACUGACGCGGCCCAUGAGCGCUCAGCGCCGCGUGCGCUCCGCGACCGGAGAAGUCGCGCCUGAAAAGAUUGGCAACUGACCA